GAGACAGAGGGGUGGAGGGAGGGGAAGGGCCGCAGAAAUGUCAAACUACUUCACUUGACACAAGAUGGAUUCUCUCUCUUUGAUUCAUUACAUCCAUAGCGUUGAUAAUACUUUUUAAUUAGCGGUCUUGUGUGUAGUGUUUCACAGGUCUCUUAGCACAACAAUGGACUCUAACAUUAUGGAGAUAAUAGAGGAAUUCAUGGAAAGUGCGUUGGUGCAAUGGGUUCAGCUGUUUGAGAAGAUGGUGGAGAAGGAGGACGGCGUCCCGCUCUACAGCCAAUACAUGGAAGUAAACUCAAUGUCCCAGAGUGCCCGGGAUCGCUACAUGAGGCUGACCAAUGGGAUUUUCCUCAAUGAGGUCAUGAGGGUCAUAGACCCGAACCCCAAGGUGGAGCGGCUAUACAACAGCGAGAGGGAUGAUCACAUGCUGAGAGUCCAGAACUUUUCUAUUUUAAAUCGACACCUCAGAGCCUUCUACCAGGAAGACAUGCAGCAGUUGAUAUUGAUGCCUCUCCCUAAUGUUGCCAUACUGGGGCAGGACCCCCUAACAGAGGCAGCCGUGGACGAGCUCAGGCGACUGCUGCUGCUCUUACUAGGAUGUGCUGUGCAGUGUGAGAAGAAGGAGACGUUCAUUCAGCAGAUCCAGUCUCUGGACAUUGAGACCCAGGCAGCCAUUGCCAGCUGUAUCCAGCAGGUGACUCAGGAUCCUCGUGUGGUGCUGCCGCUUCAGUGGGAGGAGCUGGUAGAGGUUGAAGGUGCAGACUUACAGCUGGUGUUCAGCUCCAUGGCCAAACAGAUCCAAAGCCUGCUGGCACAGAGAGACACACACCUGGAGAGGAUGGCAGAGUUGUGUCGGGAGCGGGAGGUCCAGGCUGACUCAACCACGUUGCCCCUGGGUGGUCGCAGCGAGGAGCCACCCCAAGGUCUGGCUCUCCAGCUGGCAGACAGCAAGGCCAAACUUCGCCGCCUUAAACAACAACUGGAAGAUAAAGGUGAUCAGAUAUUGGAUUACACGCAGGAGAUUCAAACCAUGGAAGAACAGUUGAAGAAACUUCAGAAAGAGAACCGUACUCUGCAGGGUGAGGUGAGGGGCAUGCGUGCGCUGCGGGAUGAGCUGGACUGCGCCCGAGAGCGAGCUGCACGGGCAGAGCAGCUCCAGACUGAGCUUCAGAGCUGUAAACACAGAUUGCGCAGCCUGGAGCUCACACGCACUCAACUGAAGGAGCAGCAACAGCUAUGUGCAGCGCUGCAGGAGACCAAAGCUCUUCUAGAAGAACAGCUGGCGGAUGCACGGGCGCGCUGCUCCUCGCUAAGGGAGCUUGAGAGGGACAAUCUUCUGUUGCGUCAGAGAAUUAUAGACGUGGAAGCGGAGCGGGACACCGAGAGGCAGCGGGUUGAUGAGUUGCUGGAGAUGAACAUGAGCCUCCAGGCGGACCUGAGGCACGACAGCGUUCCCGCUCCGGUUCACCAACGUUUCCUCCAAUCAGAACUGGACUCUGACGAGGAGCUGAGCAGACUGAUUGACCUGAAGCCACUGAGUGUGGAAGUGGGCGAGGCUUCAACACUGAGGCUGCUGGGAGCAGAGCAGGAGAACGCAGAGUUGAAGAGACGCCUGGAGGAGCUGCAGGCCCAGCAGGAGGCUGAUUCUCCAGAUGCAAAGGAUGAGCUGGCUUGCCUGGAGAUGGAGCAUCAGAACACACUCAGAGAGUUUGAAAACUUGAAGAAUGAAAAUGCCACUUUGAAGCAGCGCCUGGAACAGCUGGUGACCAAACUGCAAGACCUAGAAGACAAGAGGAAGGAGGAAAGAGAGAAGAAGCCAGACAGAGAGGAGAAGGAAAAGGAGGAGAAGGUGGAGAGAGGAGUCCAGGGCUCCGAAUCCUGUAGGGGAGAGGGGGAAGGAAGGGUGCGGAUGAUGGAGGAGAGGGAGAGAAGAGGAGAAAUCAUUGGGACCCACAGGGAAGCCGGAGUUGGGGAAGAGAUUCUCCAUGUUCGAGGGGGAAAAGAAGAACCAUGCGAUGAGGAGGUCGAGUCCAAACGAAGAGGAGAGGCAGAGGGAGGGCAGAAAGAAAGAGAGAAACAGGCAAAAGAAAGAGGAAUAAAGAAAGAACAGACUACAGUAACAACAAAUUUAGAGAUCCAAAAGCAUCCAAAUAGUGUCGAAGAUAAAACAGAGACCACGGCUACGGACCAGGCAGCUGUAUGUUCCCUGUCUGGUCCUGAUGUGGAUCUCCUGACAAACCGGCUCCUGGAGGCCCAGGAGGAGGCUGACAGACGGGCAAUGGUGGCCCAGGACCUGCGCACCAAACUGGGAGAGCAGAGCAAGAAAACCUGGGAGGCUGAGCAGAGACUGGUUGUCCUGGAGGCAGAGCUACAGCAUCUGAAGAAAGCUGCAGAGAGUCUGGGAGACGCCCGCAGGCAGAUAGAGGCUCUUCAGUCAGAGGGUCUGGUUAUGGAGGAGGAGCUGUGCCGUCUGCGCAGCCAAGCAGAGCUUCACAGGAUGCAGACCACGGUCAUCGCCACCCUGGAGGGAGAGCGGGCUGCGCUGGAGAGAGACAGGGACACGCUACGCAGCGCCAUGGACACCAUGCGCACUGCCCAGCGCAAGGGUGACCAGUUAGAGCUCACCAUUCAGUCUCUCAGGGCGGAGCUGGAACGUCAAGGUCGGAGUUUAGAGACUUCUCGUCGUCGGGAGGAGGAGCUGGACUCGGAGCUCCGCGAGGCCACCUUGGAGGCGGAAUCUCUGGCCCGGGCUCGAGACCAGGCACUGCUGGAGGUCUCGAGGCUCGAGCAGGAGAAGGAGGUGUGUCAGUCGGAGCUGGACGACCAACGGAAAGAGGGGAGGCAGAGAGAGAGGGAGGCAGCAAGGCUGAGACAGCAGCUGGAGAGCACGACCCUGGCCCUGGAGCACAGCAACCAGAGAGCUCGGGCUCUGGACGCUGAACACAGAUGUGUGUGCCAGCAGCUGUCUGAAUCCAAGGAGCUCUGUGCUCGGCUGCAGGACCUGGAGAAAGAGCUCAGCAGUCAAUUAACCAGCAUGGAGGAGGGUAAACAGCAGCUGCAGGAGCAGUAUGCAGACGCUCAGGCCAAGAUUAGCUCACUGUCCCAGGACCUAUCGAAUGAGCAGGCACGUUCUCAGGAACUGUCCACUGAAGUCCAACGUCUGAGCGGGAAACUACAAAAAGCUGAAGCUGAACUAAAGAUGACAACUGAUUCUCUCAGCCAAUCACAGGAGAGAAUAGAGUCGCUCUCCCAAUCCCUUAAGAAGAGUGACUCUCUUCUCCAGCUGGAAAAGAGACGAGGAAGCGCGGAGGUGGACGCUGUGUCAAAUUCAGACUCCUUGAACAAAACGCACAUUUGUCAGACACACCCCCGGGAGACGUCACAUCUGGAACAAUCCCCUGAAACUGGUAAAGGUCGUGACCUUCACAUGACCAAUGAUUAUGCCACAGGCGAGGCAGAGAGGCAACUGAGUGAGAGGUUGAUAGAGCUGGAAAAAGAGAAAGCAGUAGUGGUUGCAAGGCAGGAGGCUUUGCUGUCGCGGCUGUCCCAGUCCCAGGAGGCUUGUGAGCACCUUAAAGAGCAGCUGGAGGCUCUGCGCAGGCACUCACUCAGCCUGCAGGACUCCUGCACCAGCCUACAGACACUCAACACCCAGCUGCAGGUGGAGCAAGGAUCCCUGAGCUCCCAGCAUGCAGCGGUGCUGGCACGCUGCAGUGAGAGUGAGGCCCGGUCUGCGGCUCUGGAGGCCGAGUCCAAGGUAUGGGCACGGGAGCGGGAGGAGUCAGUGGCCAGGAUGGAGGCUCUGAGGCGGGACCACGAGCGGAUGACGGCGUUGCAGCAGCGGCAGGAGGUGGAGCUGGAGGAGCUGCUGGACAAACACUCUCAGCUGAGGAGCAAUAACCGCAGCCUGGAGGCCCAGCACAGGGAGCUGGAGGCCAGGUACAAGGAGCUCCUGGACGGUAAAACCCAGCUGGAGGAGAGAGAGCGGGAGAUGAAGUUGGAGAGAGAGGAGAUGGAAGCAGAGGCUCAGAGGAGACUGGAGAGAGAACGGGAGCUGGAGAGGCUGACGGAAGACAACGAGAGGCUGCAGGCCCAGCAGAAGGAGUGGUUGGCGUCACAGGCGGAGCUGCUGGCUCAGGGCUCUGUGCUGAGGGGGGAGCUGAGCGCGUCCCAGCUGGAGCGGACACGACUGCAGGGGGAGCUCAGCGCCCUGAGGGAAACCAACCAGAGCCUGGACCUCAGCAACGCCCGCCUCACCAGCCAGUACCAGCUGUUGACCCAGCUGAAGGGGAACAUGGAGGAGGAGAACCGACAGUUAGCGGAGCAGAACCAGGGUCUGUUGAAGGAGAACCGGGCCUUACUGGAGCAGAGCCUGGAGCGCCGUGACCAGCAUUAUUCACAGCAGAGGGAAUACCAGGAGAAGCUGAGCGAACUCCGUCGGGAGAAGCAGAAGUUGGUGGAGAAGAUCAUGGAUCAGUAUAGAGUCCUCGAGCCCAGCAUGCAACCUCCUGCCAGCAAGGCCAAGAAAUCUAACUGGAUUGCAGACAGGAUGAAGAAGCUAAUCAAACCCCGGGGAGGAGGAAGAGAGGGGCGCGCCCUAUUCACCGCCGCGGGCAGCGUGGAAAACCUGGCCGACAGCACCGAAUUUACAUCAGACACACACGCACCUCAGCCUGACCCCCGCAGUGCUCCUGUCUCUCCCUCUCCAAUGAGAAAAGCAGAUCCGGACAUCUCAGUUCCCGGGACUCCAGCCAUGCACUCUGGCUCAAGUGGCCGUCGUAAGCUGGGAUCCCGUCAUGGCUGGGGGCUUGGGUUGGCCAAAGGAGGCUCUGGAGUUUCCCAAUCAUUCAGUCCUGGUGACCACAAAACGCCGCCCCGCCUGCGCCUGCGCUCCAGCCAGAACACCUCCUCUGUCCUCUGGGAGGGAGAGAAAGGCGAAACAAACGCACCUCAGCCAGCAGACGCAUUAUUGACCAGUCAGGAGAGUGUUGAGGAGGAUGAAGGCAGAGUUGAGGAGGAGAAAGUAGAAUGAGGAAGAUGUGUGUCCAUGUCUGUACACUUUCAGAAAUGUCCACACUAACAAGUUAUAUAAAUGACCUGUUGAGAUGGAGUGUUUGUAGUUUCAAGCUAUAUGCACUGUAUUGUGAAAGGUCUAUUGGGUAACAAGUUAAAUGUCAAGCUGAAUAGAAAUUGGACUGCAAAGUAAAACUGUGCUCAGAGAGUGGUCUUAACAUCUUCAGUCACUCAAAAGAACAGCUUCUUUUUAAUAAAACAUGCAUGUGUCUGUGAGCUUGUGAUCUUCUCUGCCUUCCAGACAAUCAACUCUCCAGUGACGACACUGCAACGGCCUGAGAAAGAACUGCAGUCCACACUCAAUUAAAAAAAAUGAAUGUUUUAUAUUAUGUGCCCCUGGCAAACUGUUUUGAUGCUUUUUGUAUGUGUGUCUAUUAUAAAUAUGACAUUGUUCUAGUAUUUUUGAAUACUUGAAUGAAUAAAUGAUUUCCAGUGUUGCUGAGUUAUAAAGGAA